UUACAUGGCGCUAGGCCUCUGGUAUAAGAGGUUGGGAUGAGCACUAGGAUUAGGUAUCAGACUGGUUCUAGUCCUGGUCACUUCCUCUUCGUUCUAUUUUCCAUCGAGUUAGGUGCUGGCAGCCUAUCUCAUUUUUCUUUGCUACUUGCUUCCUUUACGACAUAUUUUUUAACGACUUCUUUUAUCACGAUGUUCACCAAGUCCAUCUCUGCGGUCUUCGCAGCAAUCCUCCUUUCAGGCGCAGUUCUCCCUGCACUUUCCAUGUCUGAAGGAUACGAUGAGAUGAACGUCAUGAAGCGCAGCGCUAUAACAGGCCCCAACAGAUUCAAACCUCCGACCUUGAACGAAAUCGCUUGGUUCAAUCAUGAAGACGAUCCCUCUUUUACCAAGCGUAUCGUCAUCCCUGAAUGUUCUGGAGACCCCAACACCCCAAAGCCCGAUUUCUGCAGUCAGUUUGGCAAGCCACCUCCUACCUUGCCGAAUGGAUUGCGUAUCGCUGCAUUCAAGAGGGACCUUGAGAGGCGUAUUGUCAUCCCGGAGUGCUCUGGAGACCCCAGCACGCCCAAACCAGCCUACUGCAGUCAAUUUGGUAAACCUGCUCCGACCUUGCCGAAUGGUCUGCGUAUAGCGGCUUUCAAGAGAGAGCUUGAGAGGCGUAUCGUGAACCUCCGAUGCUCUGGUGAUCCUGCUACGCUUCCUGCGGACUGCUUCAACCGACCUGCCAAACCUCCUACUACGUUUAACGGAUACCCGUUCCUCGAGCUCCGAUCUAGGAACACUGAACUUGCUGUUGCGAAGCGUAUCUUUAACGCUCACUGUUCUGGCGAUCCUGCUACGAUCCCUGCAGAUUGCGUCAACAAACCUCCGCGUCCUUCUUCUCGUUUGUUCCCGGAUGGUCUUCCGGGAUUGGAGGCGAGGGAGGAAGGCUUGUCGGGGCUUGAUUUGGCAAAGCGUAUCAUCAACACUCACUGCUCGAUAGCAACAAGUGUACUUCCCCCGGAAUGCUACAACCUGUCGCCAUUCUUCACAACCAGCGGCCGACUUCCCAAACCAUUUGCUGCCUAAGUCCUACUAUUCGUGGUUCAGUCGAGUGAUGGUAUUCCUGACCCGGGACAUAGCCAUACAUGUCGUUCUUUCAUGUUGUCAUUGUAGUAAUGCAAACAAUAAUGGAACAGAGGAAUGUUUUACUCUAUGUCCGGCAUGAGUUUGAUACGCGGAUGAGUUUUAAGAAUGCUUUCAGCUUGAUGAAGGGUAUGUACUUCUGAGUGUCGUUCAAUGGAUCUUUAUCACAAUCAACUUUAGCCGACUGG